AUGGAAAUCCCUAUAGUUUACGUUAACAUUUCAGCAGAAAAUAUUUUUGGCAUCAGACAUGGUUUAGAAACACUUUCACAAUUAAUUGCAGUGAACACCACAUCUAAUUAUAAUAUUUUAAGUAUGAUUUCUCAAGGUUUAAUUAAAGAUGGUCCAAAAUUCCAUCAUCGCGGAUUAUUAAUCGAUACCUCAAGACAUUAUUUGAAACUGUCGACGAUUAAAAAGCAAAUAGAUGGUUUAAGGAUGAAUAAAAUGAAUGUUCUUCAUUGGCAUGUAACUGAUUCUCAUAGUUUUCCAAUGUUAUUGCCAAAUGUACCACAAUUAGCUCAAUAUGGAGCAUAUUCCAACGACAAAGUUUAUACUUUAAAUGAUAUCGAAGAAAUUAUUAAAUAUGGAAAAACUAGGGGAGUUAGAAUUAUCUUAGAAAUAGAUACUCCUUCACAUGCCGGAAACGGUUGGCAAUUUGGCGAAUUUGAAGUUGAAAAAAAUCUUGGAGAAUUAGCAACGUGCUUAAAUUAUUUUCCUUAUAAUUUAUAUUGUUUGCAACCUCCAUGUGGACAGAUAAAUCCAAUGAAUGAUAACGUUUAUGUUAUUUUGGAGAAAUUGUUUAGGGAUAUUGGAAAAGUUUAUGAAAAUAAAGAAUAUUUUCAUUUAGGUGGAGACGAAGUAUCAAUUGGUUGUUGGAAAACGAACAAAGAUGUUUUUAAUUAUAUAAAAAAUUUAAAUGUUUCUGAUACGAGGAUGGGUUAUUUAACAUUAUGGGCUAAAUAUCAAAAUAAAAUUGUUAACAUUUACAACAAAACGAUUACUAAUGGCAACCAAAAAGUUAUUAUAUGGUCGAGUGGUUUGACUAGUUAUAAAACAGCUAACAAAUUCUUAGAUAAAAACAAGUACAUAAUUCAAACUUGGGUUCCAAAAGGUUCAAAAUUACCAAAUUACUUACUUAAAAGUGGAUUUGAAGUUAUCAUCUCCCCCAAAAACUAUUGGUAUUUAGAUCACGGAAUUAGAUCAAAAACAAGAUAUUCCACAUGGAGACAAAUCUUUGCGAAUAAGUUACCAAAACACAAAAACGUUUUAGGCGGUGAGGUUUGUUUGUGGGGAGAAUACGUAGAUGAUAUUAAUAUAGAAACGAAGAUUUGGCCAAGAGCUGCCGCUGUUGCUGAAAGAUUAUGGACUAAUUCUAAAAGAGAUCGUAGUAAAGAUGUGGAACAUCGAUUUUAUUUGCAUCGAGAAAGGUUGGUUGCAAAUCAAAUCGGAGCUGAACCCGUUGCACCUGAAUGGUGUGUACAAAAUGAAGGAAAAUGUUGA